AUGGAGUCGACGAAACGAAAGAAGAGAGGUCGAUACAACUCGCAUCGAAGAAACCCUGCUAUACCUAAGCCGAAAGCCACUGUUUCCCGACAUAACAGGCGAAAAGCAAACUUCUCAUCGGAUGAAGAUGAACAAAGAAAAAAAACGUGUUUCAAGCGAACUGUUGAUGUUGUUUUCGAAAAUAGUCAAGCAUCAUCGGACGAAUCGGAUUUAAACAUUACAAAUAUGUACUUGGCUUCAUGUUCUAGUUAUCAAGAUCUAGACCACGAAUUGUCAGACGUUUUGUCGGAAUCAACGCAUGAUGACGACAGUGUAGAAAAACUGGAUGCGAUUUGGAGUGAUAUCUCAGAAGACGAUCGAAGCUCCACAUCUUCAGAUGACGACCAAUUCUGUGCACGUGGAGACAGUUAUAAUCACAUCAGGAGUAAAUCGACUGAUGAAGAAGACCCUGUAUAUGUAUACCCUGGGUCGCCUCUUUUGUUGUCGGAAAGCAUUCUUUUGAUUCUUACUUUGGCUGUAGCUCACAAUCUGAAUGGAAGUUGUCUUUCAGACGUAAUUUCUUUGAUCAAUUUGCACUGCAUUCCUGGUCCACUCAACAAGUGUGUCAACUCACUCAGUGAGCUCAAGAGGUACUUUGCUGACUUCGAGCUUCCCAUAACAAAACACUUUUACUGCAGUUUUUGCUCUGAGUAUCUUGGUGUUUUAAGUGAUACUCCUGAUGUGUGCUCCAUUUGCAACAAUGAUGUGAGAGAUCCAAAGAAGAAGUCAUAUUUUGUCAUCCUUUCUGUCGAAAGUCAGCUAAACGAGCUUAUGCAAAGUAAGUAAGAAAAUAUAAUUUUAUAUGUUGCAGUUUAAAAUGAUCUUAUGUUAAAAUGAUUUCAAACUAGUUUGAUUUGUACUUUUCUUUGUCUUAGGAUUAUGGUAAUCAAUCUGGAACAAAAGAAAAUCAAAACUAACCAAGUUUGAAAUCAUUUUGACCUAAGAUUCAUUUCAAACUACAACAUAUACAACAGUGAUUGAUGUUAAAAUGGAAUAAAUAUAAAUACUGGCUUAACUACAGCAUCAUAUAUUUAGCCACUUUCGAUGCUUCCUGGGAUAAUAGCUAGAUAUAUAUAUCGCUUAAAAUAUGCAGUCACCCCUAUUGAAGUAUAAUAUUUCCAAAUAUUUGGUCCUAUAAUGGGCCAGUAAGAUCCAUGUGACAAAAAAGUUUCAAAGUCUCUGAAAGUUAAGCCUAAAAUGAUGAUUUAGUUUUUAAAUGUAUAUGUAAAAAAAAAAUAUUAUUGGAGUCGGUUUUCACAUGAUAGCAAAAUUAUCAAGGUCUCGAUUUGUGUUACCCACCUUGGCUGUGGAAAUUCUUACUAUCUUACUCACCAUAUGUAUUUGAAUAAGUGCCCUGUGCGCUUCUUUAAUGUUAGGUCCUUUAAGGUCGAUGUUUAUUCAAGGUGGGCACUUAUUCUGAUAAAUGCAGAAACCUCAUCCUGUGGCAAUUGAGCUACAUCAAAUUAAUAGCUAUAAUCUGCUGGUGGUGUCGACUGACACUCAAAUCACAGUAUUUUGUGAUAAAAGAGUGCAGUGAUGUUUUAUCAUUCAACCAGUAAGCUUGAUUUUCUUUUGUUGUAUUUUUUUUUGUCAUCUGAUAUUAGGAAGAGAAUUUCAGGAAGAUAUAAAGUACCGCUUUCUGCGAGAGAAGACAUCCCCUCACAACAUUGAGGAUGUAUAUGAUGGCCAUCUCUACAAGAAGCUGUUUGAAAAUAAUGGCCCACUUUCUCAGCCAGAGAACUUAUCCUUAAAGUUCAAUACAGAUGGUGUUUCUAUCUUCAAAUCAUCAGGUUCAAGUAUUUGGCCAGUGUACUUUGAGAUCAAUGAGUUGCCACCAAGUAAAAGGUAAAAAUUAGAGUAAAUUAUUAUUGGUGAAUUGUAAGUGCAUCUUAUUAAACUUUUGGAAUUAUCAUUGUAUUCUCUAUUCACAAUACUAUUUCCGAAAACAUUGCAAAAAAUUAGUUGCCUUGUUGAUGACUGGAAUGACACAUACUGUACAUAUACUUAGUUGAACUGAAUUACAUUGGUUAUUUAACAACAUUUUUCACUACUAUUUUCUGUGAUUGUGCCAAACCAUUAUUUUCAUCAAAGGAUAUUAUUAUAGAGUUCCGUAUCAGACCCUUUUUAUUUAAAAACUAACUUUCAUUACUCUUACCCUAUUGUUCCUUUUUCUAGGCUGGAAAAAAAAGCUCUGACUCUGAUAAAUGUAAAUUCGUAAGUGCAUUUUAAUGUUUUCAUGUUUUAAUUAAUAGGAAACGAUUGGAGAACAUGCUUUUGGGUGGCCUCUGGUUCAGUGACAAAAACCUGUGAUGUCUACCUUUUGAAACCUUUCAGAACUUCAUUAGAAGACCUUGAAACAAAAGGUACCUGGAUACAUGGUGUCUCUGAGACAGCUUUAUGUUCAUGUCUAUGUUGUGGCUAACUAAAUUUUUUUAUGGUUUAAAGUUUGUUUGGCAAGGUUGAUUUUUAUUUUCCCUGUUUUAAAAUGUAGUUAUAAAUAUAAGACAAAGGAAAGUAUAGUUUUAAAACUAAAAACAAGUUUCAGCCACAACAUAUAUACACUGUACAUGUACUUAUAUUUAGAGUGUAUAUAAAAUUUUGUAUAAAGUUUUCAAGCAAACUGUACUAGGAAUAAAUGUACGUGAUUUCUCCUGGCCAACUUGUAUGGUAGUGUAUUAUACUGACUAGAUGCAUAAUUAAGUUUGACAUUAGGAGAAUGUAUCCUAAUCUUGUGCAUCCUGUGCUGCCAAGCGGUGAUCAUUUUCAUUGUUUGCAUGAUUUGUGUACGUUUUUGGUGCCAAGUUGGUGACUACAGAAAACAGUGGUUUAGAAUUUACGGUGACUCUUAACAAUUGUAUUCCCACAAAAUAUCCUAUCAAAUCCACUUUUGAUUACUACUAGAGUUUUUAUAUUAUUGGAAACAUUGAGCCCUGGCCAGUUGAGCUGAGUUCAUUGUCCUGUGUAUGUAAUAUGUGUAGUAGAUGUGGACCCACUGUCCCAACAACAUGAUUAUACAUUAUUUUGUUAUUGUACAAAUAAUUUAAAAUAUACUUUGUUUAUAUACACUUUUAGGACUUGUUAUGGAGAUUCCAGAUAAGGGAAAUUUUACCAGUCAUGUGUUCCUUCUUGGCUCAGUUCUUGAUCUUCCUGCAAGGUGUUCCUUUUUAGAGAUGGUUCAGUACAAUGGCUUUUGCAGCUGCUGUUACUGCAUGGUUUUGGGAAUGUCUUGCAAAUCAAGUGUGAAAGAAGGACACAGGGGAAGAGUUACAGUUUUUCCUUUCAAUUUUGAAUCAAACAAUGGACUUGCUAAAGAACGCACAAAAGAAAGUAUGGUUGCAGAUGGCUUGCAGUUUCUGCAGGGUACAUCAGGAGGAAAACCUGUAAGUUAGUGUACUGUCAUUAAAUGUCAUGAAAUGAUUUAGUCUACUUCAUAUAUACCUUUAUCCUGGGUGUUAGUGUUUGUUUUUUUUGUUUUUUUUUUCGCACAUUGAAGACCCUACAUUCACAGAGUGUCGAAGUUGUAUUAUACUAUUGUCAUUUUCUAAUGGGGUUUCUGAAUCAUCACAAGAAUUUUCAAUACCUCAAGGAGCCUUAUAAGCAUUAAUUUUUGUAAUUUCACUUAGAUUUAGAAACCUACAUAGAAAACUAUGACUAAUACAUAUGAAACAUUUAACACAAAAAUAAAAUACGAAAUGUACUGUUCUAGUCGACCUUACACUACAGUGUACAGUAGACCUUAGUUUAAUUGACAUCUACAUGUACAUCUAUAAAGUGCACUUUCAUAAUUAUUUGUUUUCUUACAUUUUCUUAGGUAAAUGGGAUGAAAGGUGUUUGCCAGUUUGCAAGCCUUAAACACUAUGAUAUCAGUAAAGGUGUUUGCCUGGAUUACAUGCAUGGGGUCCUGCUGGGAGUUACACGACAAUUGAUGGCCCUGUGGUUUGAUUCAAAACACAAGGACCAACCUUGGUACUGUGGUGAUCGUGUCAGUAUUAUUGAUGAGCGUCUUUGUAGUAUCCAUCCACCCAUGAAUAUCACAAGAACACCCAGACCUAUUGAAACUCAUCGCAAGUAUUUUAAAGGUAUAAUAUCCAUUAAGUCUACAUAUGUGAUAGAUGAGCAUACAGUCGUGUACUGUUUAAAGUAGGCAUGUUUUCUUGUAAUACAUAUACCCUAUGGUUCUUUUUUUUUUUUUCACAGCAACCGAAUACCGAAAUUGGCUGUUUUACUACAGCGUUCCUUGCCUGGUUGGUGUUCUUCCCGAUGUUUAUCUUCACCACUUCAUGCUUCUUGCAUUUAGUGUGUGGCUGGUGAAUCAGCAGACUAUUUCACCAGAAGAAGUCAAUCAGAGUGGAAACCUUCUGGCAAAAUUUGUGAUGCUGAUGGAUGCCCUCUAUUGUGAGUAUUUAACUGCUUCAUUUGGGCCUCCAUGCAUUAACUUUUGUUGAGAUCAAUGUAUUUGUCAAUUAAUAGUUAAUUAUUUUGACACCAUGGUGGCUUUUACAGCUAGUGAAAUGGGGUGUUUGCAUUUUUUUUUUCAGCUGAGCGUCAUAUGACCAUCAAUAUCCAUAAUUUGCUUCACAUACAUGCAUCAGUUCACAAUCUUGGACCACUGUGGGCAAAUUCAACUUUUGACUUUGAGGAUGCAAAUGGGGAGUUAACUGCGCUUUUCCAUGGCACCCAGAACAUAGAUAUGCAGGUGAUCAAAAUAGCAAGAAUCAAUAAUACUGUGCUCAUAAAAUAUAUAUUUGAAAGGUAUCUAAAAGCAAGUCUAAUAAUUAAUUUACUCAUUGAUCAAUAAGAUGUAUGGAAGGAUUCUUUUGAUCUUUUGUAGAUAGCAUCCUCAGUCUCUGCAGUCAAAAUUGCUCCAGACCUUGCGCGGAAAUUGGACAAAGACUCUCCUAGUUACAGUUUGUACAGAAGGAUGAAAUUUGGAAAAGAACAGAAGUAUGUAUGGCAGUAGUAUGUUUCAAAUACUAUAUUGAUUUAGCUUUAAAAUCAAUAACAGUGACGUGUUCAUAGUCCAUAAGACUCAAAAGUAACAUGAUUCUAACCCUGUUAAUACCUUAGUUUAGUUCGUUCUUAUUGGUCGAUAUACAUUAAGCCAUUGGUAAAAAAAAUUGAUAUGUUUUUUUUAUGCAUUUAAGGUCAACAAAGCUUGAGGAUGGAGUGCAUUUACUUGGUGCUUUUACUGACUUUGAGGUCCCAGAAACUAUAGAGCAGCAUAUCAAGGAUUUCACUGGAGAUUUGGCUCUGGGAAGAUGCCAGAGUUUUAAGAGGGCAAUCAUUCGUGGUGAAGUAUUUCACUCUAAAUCAUAUGGCCGUGUUUCCAGAAGAAACAGUUACACUGUAACCUAUGAAGACAGUCAGAAGAGGAGGGAAUGUGGUCAAAUACAGUAUUUUGUGAAACAUACACCCAUUUGCCAACGUGCUUGUAUUGCCUUAUGCCAGUGCAACAAAGAUCAA